GAUAGCUGAGAGACACGUAGUUGAACAUAACCCAAUAGAUGUGUGCUUACUAGCUGUCACAGAUCGAAACAAUCAUGAUUAUUAUCGAUUAGUAGUACUUUGAAUGAAAUAUAAAAUGUUCAUACAAUUUCAAAGUGGAAUAAUGCAAUGAUAGUUACUUUUAGAUAAUUUUAUCAUAUAAUUAAAUUCGGAUACUCAGUGUUCCAAAAAUUAAAACAAUCAUGUCAGAUUUACCGGCAGAAUUAACAGCUAGACCAUUGGCUUUAAUUGGUAUGGUUGGCUUAGAUAUAAGCAAUCCAAUUUAUCAUGCAAUUUGGGAUGCAUUUAGCAAUAAUCGUCGUCCUGAUGGAGCAGCAGUACAGUUUAAGUUAUUCAAUAGUACUCAUGAAUUUCCUACAGUUAAACCAAAACGUAACUCAUAUGAAUGGUACAUACCUAAAGGAAUUUUAAAACGCAAUUGGAUGAAUAAAUACAUGAAUGAAGUGCCUGCUGUUAUUGUUAUAUUCUAUGAUCUUGAUUGGCAUGAUUCUCAGUGGAAUGAAAAAAAAAUGGAAUGUGCUUCAAGAGUACAGUCAUUAAGGGCUGCUUUAGAAGGAAGAAGUACAAAAAUUGCUGUAGUUUUAGUUCAAAAAGAAGCACCUCCUCUUCCAGAUACAGAAGAUUUGGUAGCAACCGAGCGAGCUACUGCUCUUUGUGCUGCUUGUGAAUUACCUAAUAAAAUGCUGUACCUUUUACCUUACACUGAUCACUUACUCGGUUACACAUUUAGAUUGGAGCAUGUUUUAUAUGAAUUAGCACAAAAUUUUUACCAUCAAGAAUAUAAAAUUGUCAAAAAUCAUAGAGAACAACUCAACAAAACAGCUCAUCAAUACUUAUUUGUAAGGCAUCAAUUUAAAAUGGCCUUUUUAAAUGAGCUUAAACAAGAUCAGACUACUGCUCUUAAACAUUACCAACAAGCUUACAACAAUCUCUUAGAUAUCAGAAUGGUGGAUACCAACUCUUUAGAGAUUAAAACAGUUGCCUCAUUCAUCAAUUACAAGCUAUGUCGUUUGAUGUUUAGUUUGAAAUUACCAAAAGACGCUAUAGCCCAAUUCAGAAGCCACACGGAACGUUUUCGAACGCGUACGGGUCCGCGUGAACUAAUGUUCGAGCAUUACGCGUGGCUGUCUAGCCAGUACUCGACCUUUGCCGAACUUUUUGACGAAGCUAUUAGGCAAGGUUUACCAGCUGUGCAAACUCAGCAUCCUGGAUACUAUUUUCAAUUAGCUGCAACUCACGCUACCCAAAGACAUAAUGCUUAUAAAGAACUUUGCGAUAAUGUCACGGAGUAUCCUAAUCCAGACCCGCUGGCGGGUGAGGAGAAGCUUGAGUUUUAUGGUCAACGACCUUGGAGACCAGGGAAAUUAAAUGCAGAGCCAGCCGAUAUGACACGAGAAGCUGCAGCUAUUCAAGCUCUGCAAUACAAAGAAAAAUAUUCUGUCAAUCAUUCCAUGAUUAUUAUAGGAUUAUUGGGCAAUGCAAUCUCACAAUUCAAAAUGUACAGGUGUCCGAGAAUGCGUCGUCUUUUAGUUGUACAAAUGGCUGAGGAGUAUUUCAAUUGUAAAGAUUACGGCAAAGUAUUAACCUUAUUGAUGCAUAUGUUAUGGGAAUAUCGAAACGAGCGUUGGCCCGUACUGCUUACGGAUAUUUUAAAAAGUGCAUUGAACGCUGCUUAUUUAUCUGCAAAUAUUCAAGAUUAUUUAACUUUAGCUUUGGAGGCUUUGGGACCGACAACAGUAUUUUCAACUGAACGCAAAUCUGAAAUUUAUCAAAACAUAAUGAAUAUUUUGCAGAAUAAACCACCGAAUCCAGAGCCAAAUUUAUCGGAAGAACUGAAAAAUUCUGUAAUCGAUAACUGGAUGACGCAAUUAAACCGGAAAGAGCCAUUAAUUUUUAAAAUAGACGAUGACAAUAUGGCAUCAUUUAUCGACGUUAGAGCUCGCUUUACCAAACCCAGUUACUCCAUCAAAUCGACAGUUACAAUAGAAGUUUUUAUUCGAAACAUUUACAACGAAGACGUUGAGAUUAGUAAGGCAUCUGUGACAAUAACUAGUCCAGGUUACAGUGCAGAAUUUCCUAUUACUGACUCGAACAUGGAGAAUCUUGUAUUCAAAGCCAAAGAGUCGAAAAAGUUUCUUUGUCAAUUUGAGGCUCCUCGAAAUGAUUCUCCUGAACUGCAAAUAAGUGCAAUAUCCAUUUAUCUAGGAAACGAAAGCAAAUGCUGCAUUGCUAUCCGAUUUUCAUCAACGGGAAGAGAUACAAACUUACUAGAGCGCAUGUAUCCAGAAAUUCAGCAACUUCGUGGAGGUGUUUUUGAAACCAUACGACCGUUAACUGUGACCAAAAUUCAGCCGAAAGAAUCGAAUGUGACCGUAGGUGUAGAAUCGAAGCAACCAGCCCUUCUUGGUGAAUGGUUUACAUUUGCUAUAACAAUAUUUUCCGAUGAAGAUAUUUCUAAUAUAAACAUUUCCGUUAAUUCGGUGCAAGAUAACUCUAGUGAACAACUGACUGAACUGAGUUUGAAUAUGACAGAAAAACAGUCUUCCAUUGCAGUUGAUAUCGAUUCUAUUAAAGCGGAUAGUUCUUUUCAACAGACGUUGUACGUUAGAUCUCAUAACACUGGGGAAAAAACGAUAGAAAUUAAAGUCUCUUAUUUAAGGCAAGGACAAAAUAGAGACUCAAAAAUAACUUUAUACCAAUUUUCAAUUGUUAAACCGUUUGAUGUGUCCACUCAAUUUUAUACAAUGUUAUAUGAACCACUUUCAAAAGCAUUUGUUAAUGAGCCUCUUUUCAUCAUGCCUCACAUUACUUGUACCUCUCCUUGGCCUAUUCAGAUCGAAAGUACUUCGAUAGAACUGGCUAGUUCUAUGAUUAUGGAGUCAGAAUCCUCUACCGGAGAAAAUAUUUUGAAAAACUCCGUGCUUAAUAAUGGGGAAACUGCUACCGAUGUCUACUGUAUUGUAGCUAAAACUGCCAGUGAACAACCAACAAGUACUGGCAUUUUUACUAUUAAAUGGAAAAGAGCUAAUGACAAAGCAUCUGUUGUAACAAGCAGCAGUGUUACACUGUCGCCAUUAUGGGUGGAAGAAGCAGUGAUAGGAUUACAAACAAAACUUCCACCACAUGGUUGGGUACUGACACCACUCUGUGUUUCGUACUUCAUUAAAAAUCAUUCUGAUUAUUUAAUAACGCUGCGAUUGAAUAUAGAAGCAAGCGAUGCAUUCAUGUUUUCAGGGCACAAGCAGAUUGAUAUACAUAUUUUACCAGAAAGUGAAAAAAAAGUUGAAUGGAUUCUAAGACCUCUGGUCGCUGGUUUUGUGGCUCUUCCCUCUUUAUCUUUAACCGUCCCUGCCGAUGAAGAGUAUAAGCUGAAUCAAGGGAGACUAAAGGAAGUAAUUGAAAGAUCAAUUCCAAGCCACAUAUAUAUUUUGCCGAAACCCAUAACCCUGGAGGAGUAAAGUUCGAAUUUAUGGCACAAAAAGCAUUUUAUCUUUGUUAUAAGUUUAUAUCUGUGCACGUAUAUAUUUUGUUUGUAAAUGAAAA